AAAAUAACACAUGCUCAUCAUUAACACGCAAUGUAAGUUCUCCCUUUUUGACGUCCAUCAAGGCAUCUCCCGUUGCUAGAAACGGUAUUUCUAGAAUCAAUGGCACCUCGUUAUCUUCCUCCAUAUCCAACACAACGAAAUCCACUGGGAAUAUAAAUUUAUCAAUCUUGACAAGCACAUCCUCAACAAUCCCCUUGGGAUAUGUUAUCGAACGAUCCGCUAAUUGCAAGUUUACCGUAGAUGGCUUCACUUCUCCCAGUCCUAACUUCCUGAAAAUCGACAAAGGCAUAAGAUUAAUACUUGCACCAAGAUCACAUAAAGCCUUGCUAAAGAAAAUGUUCCCGAUUGUGCAAGGCACAGACAUCUAUAUGCAGCAACCAGAAGGAUUCAUUGCAAAGGGCCACGAGUGGAUUCAGGGCUUGGAGUUUGUCUUCGAGGUCAUGGAGUGCCCUGAGAGAUAUCGCGUCCUUUGCGCUCAGCUUCAGCUCACCGGUGAUGCCAGGCUCUGGUGGAACGCUUACUGGAGCAUGCGUCCCGGCGAAAAGGCGAGUUGUACGUGGGAGAUGUUCAAAGAGUUAAUCCGCGAGAAGUACUACCCCACAUACUACCGUGCCGAGAUGGAGUGUCAGUUUCUAUCGCUCCAGCAGAGUACUUGUACUGUUGACGAGUACGAGAGGGAAUUCACGAGACUUGCAGCUUUC